AUGCCGUUGGAGAUGGAGUUCAGCGGGGGAGAAGAAGAAAUGGAUCCAGAAGAAAAACAAGAGGAAGAAGAGGAAGUGGAAAUAGAAACGAUUCUAUGGAAUGACGAGGCGAAGGAGAUGUAUGCAGAAAGGACGGAGGAAUUGUGUAACACGGAAGAGCUAGAAGAAAAGGAAUCGGACACAUUAGAAGAAGAAUGGGAAAAGAUAAAGAAGAUUGUAAAGGUAGCAAUGGUGAAGAAAAGAAUAAAGAGAAGGAAGAAAGAGCUAGGUCAUAAAGAUUGGUGGGACAAAAGCUGCACCAGAAAGAAGAGAGAGGUAAAAAGAAUCUACAAGAAAUGGAAGAAAGGAAGAAUAGAAAGAGACAGAUAUAUAAAGGAGAAAAGAAAUCUGAAAGAACUGCUAGAGAAGAAACGAAAGGAGAAGAGGAGAAAGGAAGAAGAGGAACUGAGAAAGAUGAAAAAUGAAGCAGACGUGGAAAUAUAUAAAUAG